GGUGCUGGAGCAGGCAGCGUCUCUCGCUUCUCCUCUCCCGGCCAAGGCCCGGGGGACAGAGCGAGAAGCUGGGGCCAUGUUCCGACGCAAGUUGACAGCCCUCGACUACCACAACCCUGCCGGCUUCAACUGCAAAGAUGAAACAGAAUUUAGAAACUUUAUUGUUUGGCUUGAAGAUCAGAAAAUCAGACACUACAAAAUUGAAGAUAGAGGUAAUUUAAGAAACAUCCACAGCAGUGACUGGCCCAAGUUCUUUGAAAAGUAUCUCAGAGAUGUUAACUGUCCUUUCAAGAUUCAAGAUCGACAAGAAGCAAUUGACUGGCUUCUUGGGUUAGCGGUUAGACUUGAAUAUGGAGAUAAUGCUGAAAAAUACAAAGACUUGGUACCAGAUAAUACAAAAAAUGCUGACAGUGCAACUAAAAAUGCGGAGCCAUUGAUCAAUUUGGAUGUAAAUAAUCCUGAUUUUAAAGCUGGUGUAAUGGCUUUGGCUAAUCUUCUUCAGAUUCAACGUCAUGAUGAUUAUCUGGUGAUGCUUAAGGGCUUACCUGUUGCUUUAGACAAGCAUAUUCUUGGUUUUGACACAGGAGGUCAUCAGUCUCCCCUCGGCAAAAGCCCACUCGGGCUGGAAGCUCAAGUUGGACAUUGUAAGACUCUUUCGGGUGAGUUCCAAAGAACUGAAGGCCAUUGGCAGGAUAAAGAAAGAGGGCAUAGACAGAUGCAGCUGAAUUCUCUUCAGAGCAAUGGGAUACUAAUUUUGAAGUGA